GGAGAAAGAGGGCGAAAGCAAGCGCACCCGCCCCAGUGCAGCCCUCCUAAGCCGUCAAACGUCGCCCCCAAUCUGCGCGUGCGCGUUCGGGCGCCUUUACCGCGUCUCCCCGCAACAGGAAGUGAAUUAGCCCCGAGGCUGAUGACUCCGGAAAUACCAACUCGCUGUCUCCAUGCCUGAGGAGACGUGUAGGGGCCGGGUGCUGCCCUCGUGAACUCUCACCCGAGUGGAUGUGUUUCUCUUUCCGGGACAAUAUGGCGCCGUCCACGCCGCUCUUGACAGUCCGGGGAUCAGAAGGACUGUACAUGGUGAAUGGACCACCACAUUUUACAGAAAGCACAGUGUUUCCAAGGGAAUCUGGGAAGAAUUGCAAAGUCUAUACCUUUAGUAAGGAUGGAACCUUGUUUGCCUGGGGCAAUGGAGAAAAAGUAAACAUUAUCAAUGUCACUAACAAGGGACUACUCCACUCCUUCGACCUCCCAAAGGCAGUUUGCCUUGAAUUCUCGCCAAAAAACACUGUCCUAGCAACGUGGCAGCCUUAUACCACUUCUAAAGAUGGCACAGCUGGGAUACCCAACCUACAACUUUAUGAUGUGAAAACUGGGACAUGUUUGAAAUCUUUCAUCCAGAAAAAAAUGCAAAAUUGGUGUCCAUCCUGGUCAGAAGAUGAAACUCUUUGUGCCCGCAAUGUUAACAAUGAAGUUCACUUCUUUGAAAACAACAAUUUUAACACAAUUGCAAAUAAAUUGCAUUUGCAAAAAAUUAAUGAUUUUGUAUUAUCACCUGGACCACAACCAUACAAGGUGGCUGUCUAUGUUCCAGGAAGUAAAGGUGCACCUUCAUUUGUUAGAUUAUAUCAGUACCCCAACUUUGCUGGACCUCAUGCAGCUUUAGCUAAUAAAAGUUUCUUUAAGGCUGAUAAGGUUACAAUGCUGUGGAAUAAAAAAGCUACUGCUGUGUUGGUAAUAGCUAGCACAGAUGUUGACAAGACAGGAGCUUCCUACUAUGGAGAACAAACUCUGCACUACAUCGCAACAAAUGGAGAAAGUGCCGUAGUACAAUUACCAAAAAAUGGCCCCAUUUAUGAUGUAGUUUGGAAUUCUAGUUCUACUGAGUUUUGUGCUGUUUAUGGUUUUAUGCCUGCCAAAGCGACAAUUUUCAACUUGAAAUGCGAUCCUGUAUUUGACUUUGGAACUGGUCCUCGUAAUGCAGCCUACUAUAGCCCUCAUGGACAUAUAUUAGUAUUAGCUGGAUUUGGAAAUCUGAGAGGACAAAUGGAAGUGUGGGAUGUGAAAAACUACAAACUUAUUUCUAAACCAGUGGCUUCUGAUUCUACGUAUUUUGCUUGGUGCCCAGAUGGUGAGCAUAUUUUAACAGCCACAUGUGCUCCCAGAUUACGGGUUAAUAAUGGAUACAAAAUUUGGCAUUAUACUGGCGCUAUCUUGCACAAGUAUGAUGUGCCAUCAAAUGCAGAAUUAUGGCAAGUUUCUUGGCAGCCAUUUUUGGAUGGAAUAUUUCCAGCAAAAACAAUAACUUACCAAGCAGUUCCAAGUGAAGUACCCAAUGAGGAACCUAAAGUUGCAACAGCUUAUAGACCUCCAGCUUUAAGAAAUAAACCAAUCACCAAUUCCAAACUGCAUGAAGAGGAACCACCUCAGAAUAUGAAACCACAAUCAGGAAAUGAGAAGCCGUUAUCAAAAACAGCUCUUAAAAAUCAAAGGAAGCAUGAAGCUAAGAAAGCUGCAAAGCAGGAAGCAAGAAGUGACAAGAGUCCAGAUUUGGCACCUACUCCUGCCCCACAGAGCACACCACGAAGCACUAUCUCUCAGUCAAUUUCUGGGGAUCCUGAGAUAGACAAAAAAAUCAAGAACCUAAAAAAGAAACUGAAAGCAAUUGAACAACUGAAAGAACAAGCAGCAACUGGAAAACAGCUAGAAAAAAAUCAGUUGGAGAAAAUUCAAAAAGAAACAGCCCUUCUCCAGGAGCUGGAAGAUUUGGAACUUGGUAUUUAAAGAUUCACAGAAAGCAAGUUGAUGACCAGAAAUCAGUGCAAAUACAUCUUCUGUUAAACCCAUUGGUAUACACAGAAUAUUCCUGUGCCCACACUUAAUGUCAAUCUCUAAUUUUAACCAUUUAUUCAAGAUUUUCCAAAGUGUAAAAUUAUUUAAUAGUCUAUUAAAUUGAUAUUUAUCUUACAUCCUAUAUCAUGUCAAUAUGUGAUAUAGAAAAGAGAUACAUGAAUUUUUUAGCUAAGCUUGACAGAUUGAAAGACAAAUGUCAAUGUUUUUUUGUAGAGGGUGAUGUAUACCAUAUAAAUGAAUAGAUACAUUUUAAAUUU